AUAAGGAGUUAUGUCGUAGCUAAACGUAUGUCUCGAUUUGUGAUGCCUUUGCCUUCCGAGUGAAAAGAUUUUAACCAUGGCUUGUGGAUCGUAGAACACACAAAUGUGUAUUUUUCUGCCGUAAAAGUGUUUACAUGCUUAAAGUGCGUCGCUGUAAUGGAAACCACGGAUACGGCCAGGUACAAAGGGGAUGAGAGUGGAGCCAUCGCUCUCCCACCGUCAUCGAAGCUGAAUCCAUGUUCCUGCCCUCAGCCACAGCAGUUAGGAGUCCUGUCAACGGAUAUACUGCUGGGGGUAUACUAUGGGCGGCCCACGUACAAGACGUGGCUGGACGAAGGCGGAGACAUCAACGCCAUGCACGCCAUGGGCUACACCUUUGUCUUCAUGGUCUGCGCAGGAGGUCACCCGCUCAUCCUGCAAGACCUCCUUGAGAUGCAGAACCUGCACCUGAACCUAAUCAACAUAUGGGGAAUGACCCCCCUUAUGGGUGCGAUCAAAUGGGGCCAAGAUGAAUGCGCUCGACUCUUGCUCACCACCAAGCAUUCUUGCCAGCUGGACUUGACCAUCAAAGACAACGGAGGCCUGACCGCACUCUCCCUCGCGGCCCGGGAGAAGCGCUGGGGCAUCAUCCCUCUCCUCCUCAGGCCGCAUGUCCGCUACGACGCCCAGACCGUCGACGACACCCUCUACAGAGUCGUGGACGGAGGCCUGUGGGAAGUGGUCACCACGCUGCUGGAGGAGUAUAAGGACUUCAGCCAAGAAGCUAUUACGAGGGUCCUCUUUAAGGCUACGAGGGAAAAUAAUGUUCAGGUGGUGAGGAUAAUUGCAGAGAAACACAUCCACCUAUGCAGGUACGAGGACCUGGUUACUGCUAGGAUUCUGGCGGAGGACUACAAGUACGUGGACAUUGAAAGACUUCUCCUGGGGGCGAGGAGUCGAUGUCUUGAUUUCCUCUUUAACCUGAACCCGUCCAUGGGUAUGCCACCAGAAAUGAGUCUUCCCGCGACGCAGACCUUCGACAGCAGAAUUAUAUUAGAUACCCGACCUGCGGACAUGUCGCUGAACAUCCUGCCUCCAGUGAAUCAGGACGGUUUGCUGACCCUGAACGUGCGGCCCGUGCAGACCCCCGUGCCCCCCGGCCCGGACGUGUACGACACCACCACCAGCCCCCGCGGCCUCGUCCUCAUCCUCAACUACAACAGGUUCCACAACCAGCCUCACAUGACCCGCGAAGGCUCCCACGCCGACAUCGCAAACCUAAAGAACCUGUGUUCCCAGAUGGGCUACGAAGAGCUUGUGCACUGUGAUCUUACCAAGAGGCAGACGAUCGUCGCUCUGACGCGCUUCAGGAAUCAGGAGCGCCUGAAGGGCGUCGGGUGCGUUCUCGUGGCCAUCAUGAGCCACGGCAUCGGCACUCACACCUUCUACAGCUCUGACAUGGAGAGCAUCUCGGUCAACGAAGUGCAAAAUCUCUUCCUUGACCAGCAGUGUCCGAACCUGAGGAACAAACCGAAGAUUUUCCUCUUCAACUUCUGCCGGGGAAUGAACAUUCCCGCGCCGAUGGAGACAGACGCGGUCCGGGAGCCGCCAAGGAAUAUGAUCUGCCUCUACUCCACGACAGAGUCCUUCUUGUCCUACCGCGACAAAGUGCGCGGGUGUCCCUUCAUCAUCGCCAUCUGCGAAGUGCUCGCCAACCACGCGCACGAGAUGGAUCUGGAUAACUUGAUACGCGUCUUCCAGGGCAAAUACCUCGCGAACGCGACGCCCGAGAUUCAAAACCUCGGCUUCUAUAAGAGGUUUUUCUUCAACCCAGUUGGGAGGCGAUGAAAACGAAUUGCGACCUUAUUUUCACGAACUAUGUGCAAUACACACAUACUCACACUCACUUACUCACUCAAUCACCCACCCACCCACUCACUCAAUCACUCACUCAAUCACUCACUCACUUACACACACAGACACACACACACUCUCUCAUUCAUUCACUCACCUACUCACACAGUAUUCGGGACAAUCAUAAAUGAUCUUUGAGAUGGUCGUAAAUGGCCCGCGGGGUAACAAAAAUAAUUUUCAACCUGUGAAAUUAUGAUUUUCAUGCUGAGUGAUAUUUGAAAUAGAGACAGAAUAUUUGUAAAUAUUUGUUUCAGUGGCAACAGUUUCAUUUACAUUGCUCUUACUAGCUAUACCGCUAAUGAAAAGGAAAAAUGCAUAUAUUACAAAUUGAAUUAUACAAUAAACUGCAGAUGCCUAUGAAUUAUGCAUAUAAUGAAAUUGUUACCAUUAUUAGCGAAUAUGAAUACAUAUAUAGAU